AUGGCCAGCGACAACAAGGCUUCCGAUGACUUGCCUUCAGUCGAGACGCAGCAACAGGUCGCCGAUUACAAGCUCCUCGACCGCCAAGGCAACGAGCUUCCGUUCCGCGACAUCUACAGUGCGACCGACAGGACGCUGGUCAUCUUCGUCCGCCAUUUCUUCUGUGGAAGCUGUCAAGAAUACCUUCAACGUUUGUCAGACACCAUCACCCAGGACGUCUUGUCCAGUCUGCCCACCAGCACAUCCAUCGCGAUCAUUGGCUGUGGAGACCCCAGUCUGAUCGACUAUUAUGCUGAGUAUACUCGCUGUCCAUACCCAAUGUACUGCGAUCCAUCGCGCAAGCUCUACGAUACCCUGGGCAUGAUCUCCAGCUGGGAAGUCGGUCCUCAGCCCGGGUACAUCUCCAAGGGCAUCCCUCGUUUGGUGGUAGAAGGCAUCUGGCAGGGUUUGAGGCAGAUCUGGAGCGGGAAAAUAUUCAAAGCCGGCCCUGGAGAGCAGCAAGGCGGCGAGUUUCUUUUUGAACCCACUGAGGACGGCGACAAGCGCGUCACUUGGUGCCAUCGUAUGCAGGGCUCGUGGGGCCACACUGAGAUACCGGUCCUAGUUGAUCUUGUCCACGGGCGCAAAGUGGACGAAGCCUCAUCAACAAAGUAG